AUGGUUUCUACCUGCGACAAGUUCCACAAGGUCAUUGCGGACGACUCGUGCUACGAUAUUGCCAACGACAACGGAAUAUCCUUAUCAUCCUUUUAUGCCUGGAAUCCAGCGGUGAAAACGGACUGCUCUGGCCUACAGGCAAAUAAGUACGUCUGCAUCGGUGUCAAGUCCAGCUCAACUACUGCCGGGUCUUCAACUAUCACUGGGUCCACAACCACCACUAUGUCCGGAAUCAAAACGCCAUCUUCCAUUCAGACAGGCAUGGCUUCUAACUGUGAUGCGUUCUACGAGGCAAAUGAGUACGUCUGCGUUGGCGUGAAAUCCACCACCACUGGCGUCACAACGGCAGACCCCAUUCAAACAGGCAUGGUUUCUACAUGUGACAAGUUUUACAAAGUUGUUGCAGAUGAUUCAUGCGUUGAUAUCGCAAAUGAAUACGGCAUCUCAACGUCCUCUUUCUACGCCUGGAACCCAGCGGUCAAGACCGACUGCUCCGGUCUGCAAGCGGACGAGUAUAUUUGCGUUGCUGUGGCUUAA